AUGUUUUUCGAUAAAAACUCCUUUUUUUCAAUUUUUCAUUUGAUACCUUUGUAUGAAUUAUAAUUAUAUAAUUAUAGAAGGCAGUUUGCCGAAUAGUUAAGGCGAUGGACUAGAGCUUCGGAUUUACUUACCCACACAGUUUCGAAUCCUGCAACUGACGAUUUUCAUAAUUAUAUGAUAAAUUUGACAUAAACUUUUUUAUUUCUGAUAUGUAGUUAUAUAAUAAAGAGAAAUUUAUGA